GGAGGGAUGAUGCUGUCCUGUUCAAGGCCAUUAAUGGAGCCAUGUGACAACACACCCAGCGUGGGACUGUCAGCACCUAGGAGAACAAGGUUUUAAGACUCCAGAAAGAUGUCUUACCAGCAGCAGCAGUGCAAGCAGCCCUGCCAGCCACCUCCCCCAUGCCCACCUCCAAAGUGCCCUGAGCCAUGCCCACCCCCAAAGUGCCCUGAGCCAUGCCCACCACCAAAGUGCCCUGAGCCAUGCCCACCUCAGCUGUGCCAGCAGCAAUGCCCACCUGUGCAACCUCCUCCACCAUGCCAACAGAAGUGCCCACCCAAGAGCAACUAA